AUGGAGAGGUCAACAAAUGACAACUGGUACAGCGUCUCUCCUACUAAGGUUGGAAGAUCUCCGGUAAAUCCCUUUGUCACUCAAAGGGAGGACAGUCAUAUCUCGGCUUCUAAGUUUUCUGUACUAAGUGUGGGGGAUGAGGAGGAAGGUGAAAUCCUGCAAGACAGGGAGUUGGUUGAGUGUGAUGCUACUGACAUGGGUAACGAUGAGGCAGGGCAGCUUGAGGAAGAUUUCAUUAAUCAGCAGUGUGCAAAUCGGAAGUUGAAAGAGAAGAAAGCUAAGUCUCAGGAUGCAAAUCCGAGGGCAAUGAGCACAAGCAAUCAAGUUGAAGAAAGAAAGGUGCUAUGGGAAGAUUUGAUUCAUCACAACGCUUCUCCAUUGUUUCAACAAAAGGCGUGGAUCAUAAUGGGAGACUUUAACGAGAUAUUGGAUGGGAGUGAACACUCUGAAUUUGAAAACUUGGGGAGGUUACCAGUGGGUAUGCGAGAUUUUCAAAGAAUGGCUAUUCGGUGUCAACUUUCCGAUCUCGGGUAUCAAGGACCUCUCUUCACUUGGUGCAAUAAGAGAGAUGAGGAACUGGUUUGCAAGAAGCUAGACAGAGUCUUGGUGAACCAUGUGGCACUGCAUAGAUUUGGGAAUGCUUAUGCUGUUUUUGAGCCAGGGGGCUGUUCUGAUCACAUGAGGUGCAAAAUUCAUUUGUUGCAAGACUCUGAGAAGAUUAGAAGACCUUUCAAAUAUGUCAACGCCACUGGUAGGCUUCCUACUUUCCUGCCAAUGGUAAAAGAGUAUUGGGACUCAACAGAAAAAUUAUUCCAUUCCACUUCAGCCAUGUUUCGGUUCUCAAAGAAGUUAAAGGACCUUAUGCCGCUGAUUAGGAACCUUGGUAGAGAUCAGUUGGGCAAUCUAUCCUUAAGAACCAAAGAGGCGCACGUGGUACUUUGUGAUAAGCAGAAGAGUACUCUAGCUAACCCAAGUGGGGAGGCAGUUCAGGAAGAGGCAGAGGCAUAUGGUAAAUGGCUUCACCUUGCGGGGUUAGAAGAAGAUUUUCUCAAACAGCGGUCUAAGUUGCAUUGGUUGGAUGUGGGAGACCAAAACAAUACGACGUUCCACAACUCAAUCAAAACUAGACAAGCUCAAAACACUAUGCGGGAAGUCAGAUGCCCAAAUGGUUAUAUGGUUAAGAACCACUCGGGGAUAAAGGCUGAGGCAGAGAGAUACUUUGCGGAGAUUCUCAAUCAGACACCGGAGAGCUAUCAUGGAGUAUAUGUGGAGGAAAACUUGGAGGCUGUUGUAACCGCUGAAGAGAUCAAGAAUGUCCUUUUCUCUAUGCCAUCAAAUAAGUCGCCAGGACCUGACGGGUUCCCAUGUGAGUUCUUUAAAACAGCUUGGUCGGUUGUUUCUCAUGAUUUCAUAGUAGCAGUACAAUCAGUCUUCCAGCUGGGGUUCCUCCCAAAGGGUAUCAACUCAACAAUCUUGGCGCUCAUACCAAAGAAGUCAGCUGCGUUGGAGAUGAGAGACUUUAGACCCAUUGCUUGCUGCAAUGUGAUCUAUAAAGUCGUCUCAAAAAUCCUUGCAAACCGAUUAAAACAUAUUCUCCCGAGGAUCAUUGUUGCAAAUCAGUCUGCGUUUGUGAAAGGCAGGUUACUGAUAGAAAAUGUGCUGCUGGCAUCAGAAUUGGUAGCUGAUUACCAUAAGGACUCAAUCACGCCGCGCUGCGCUAUGAAAAUCGACAUCUCCAAGGCUUUUGACUCUGUCCAAUGGACCUUCCUGCUGAAUAGUUUAGAGGCUUUGGGAUUCCCUGCAAGAUUCAUACAUUGGAUAAAGUUAUGUGUUACCACUCCCUCCUUCUCGGUUCAGGUUAAUGGAGAUUUAGCGGGCUAUUUUCAGAGCUCAAGGGGUCUUAGACAGGGGUGUUCCCUCUCUCCCUAUCUUUUUGUCCUUUGCAUGAAUGUUCUGUCGUAUAAAAUCGACAAAGCUUUCCAGGAGAGGAGAUUUGGUCUUCACCCUCGAUGUCAAUCGCUUGCUCUUACCCAUCUUUGUUUCGCCGACGACCUGAUGGUGUUUGUGGAAGGCAGUAAGGGGUCGGUGGAAGGAGUCCUAUCAGUUUUUGAGGAAUUUGAAGGUUGGUCUGGUCUCUCUAUUAGUUUGGAGAAAUCUACUAUUUUCAUGGCUGGGGUUUCUGAAGUGGAGAGAAGUAGAAUCCUCACUAACUUUCCGUUUGCUGAGGGUAAAUUGCCAGUUCGCUACCUGGGGUUGCCCCAGAUGACAAAAGGAAUGGUUAGACAAGACUAUCUGCCAUUGAUAGAAAAGAUCCGUGGUCGGAUCUGUUCUUGGACAUCUCGGUUUUUAUCCUACGCAGGGAGACUGCAAUUAAUCAAGUCUGUCUUGAUGAGUAUUGUAAACUUUUGGGCCACGGCAUUUCGUCUACCAAGUCAGUGCUCAAAGGAGAUUGAGCAACUCUGCUCAGCGUUCCUAUGGUCAGAGCUAGAACUGAAGUCCACUGAAGUUAAAGUUGGGUGGAAGGACAUAUGUAAGACAAAAGAGGAAGGUGGAUUGGGGAUCAGAACGCUGAAGGAAGUGAACUACGUGUAUGGUCUAAAACUCAUAUGGAGAAUGCUUGCUGGAGAUUCUCUUUGGGGCCAAUGGAUCAGAAGGAAUUUGCUUAAAAAGAAGAGUUUUUGGGAAGUAAAAGAGAGCACGCAGACAGGCUCUUGGGUUUGGAGGAAAAUGCUCAAGUUGAGAGAUGUUGCUAGAACUUUUCAUAUGAAGGCAGUAGGGAAUGGGAGACAUAUUUCCUUCUGGUUUGAUCGCUGGUCGGAGAUUGGGGUGAUGAUUAAGGUAAUUGGUGACAGAGGUUUAAUUGAAAUGGGAAUUCGUCGGGAAGCCACUUUGGAGGAGGUGAUUUGGAACCAACGGACGAGGAAGAGACAUAGACGGCCUCUGUUAAAUGAAGUCGAAAAGGAGCUGAGUAUAGUCAAAGAGAAGCUAAUUCUGGAUAUGGAUGAUGUGGAUCUGUGGAGAUGGAAGUCAGGUUUCAAACCCAGCUUCUCAACUGCUGAGACUUGGUCGAUGACCAGAGAAGUAGCGACGCCAUGCACCUGGGGGCAGAGUAUCUGGUUCGCACAGGCCACACCAAAAUUUGCCUUCAUGACAUGGAUUGCCAUACGAGAUCGACUAGCCACAAUGGAUCGAAUCGCUGUUUGGAAUCCAGGUGUAGACACUACUUGUGUGUUAUGUAAAAGAGCCCCUGAGACAAGAAAUCACCUCUUUUUUGAGUGUUCCUUCUCAUCCUUGAUUUGGGAACAUCUUGUCAAAGGGCUGUUGGGAAGAGCUUACUCGAAUAAGUGGAAUAUUAUGGUGGAGCUAAUCUCUGUUCCGACAAUGGAGAAAAGGAAAAGGUUCUGUCUCAGAUAUGCAUUGCAGGUCACUGUGUAUACGCUGUGGUGGGAGCGUAAUAAGCGACGACAUGGUGACCCUCCAAGGCCGAUGCAAGUUUUGGCUAAAUUCAUAGAUAAGUCAAUCAGGAACAAACUGAGCCUAGUGCAAAUGAAGGAUAUGAAAGGUAUGGGGGGCAGUCUGCAAUAUUGGUUUGGCACAAGACUGUAA